UUUUGUAAUCGUGGCUGAGUGUUUACAGUGAGCAGAAGGCCAAGUAUAUGGAGGAUUUUGGGUUAGCAGUAGUGUGUGAUGACGACUCGGCGAAGGCGCGCAGGGUCUGAGUCUUACGUGGAGGAGCUGACGGUGCCUGGGGCCUCUGCUAGUGAGCAUCCACACCAGUCGCAAACUCAGCCUGCCCACACUCAGGCGCCCUACAAUCUCUUGCCACAGGUCGUCAGUCCCUGGGGAACACCAACAGCAAACAUCCCUGCCAACCAAGCUUAUUAUAAGAAAACAGAUACUGUUAGCCCAGAAGCUGUGCCUGCGUCCUCACCUUGGGCUCCAGAACUGCAGAGUGCUUCCUACAGUAGUGGAGCAGCAUAUGGAACAAAUCCGUGGAAUACUAGUAGUGUAGAUAAUCGAGGACAGUGGAACGGUAACGGUGCUCAGUGGAACAGUGGAGGGUGGAAUAACGGUGGAACACAAGCUGCAGAAGGACUGUGGAACAGUCAAAGUGCCUCAUCUUGGACCAGUGGGAAUUCCAUUCUGUCUGGUCUUGACGAUUCAGAUAUGGCGUCUCGUGACCGCACCCAGGAGUUUGCACGAAUUGUGCGAUCGCAACAAGGUAGUCUAACAAAUGGUGCUCUGCCCCACAAAGAUGGAAAGAGAACACGUGACUUACGUCAGUACAAAGACUUCAUGCAAAGAUCCAAGUUGAUUCACAGAAAUAUUUCCAGCACAUGGGCAAAAUUGGAAAAAUUAACUCACUUGGCAAGAAAAAGAUCUCUGUUUGAUGAUAGUCACGACCGAGAGAUUCAGGAGUUGACGGGCAUCAUCCGCCACGACUUGUCUUCCCUGACCAAGCAGCUGGGAGACCUUCGCAACCGCUCCCAUGUCUCGGUAUCCGGGAACAAUACUGCUCACAUACAGAAGCACUCCUCCAAUAUUGUGGGAUCACUCCAGACCAAGGUGGCUCUUAUAACACAGAAAUUUAAGGAUGUUUUGGAGGUUCGAACUGAGAACUUGAAGAAACAAGCAGAACGGCGAGAGCAAUUCACAGGUGGCGCUGUCAGUAGUGAGUUACCUCCAGGUGCUGUAGCAGGACACCAUCAAGGUUCUGUGUUGUUAGCAGAUGAAGCAGCUGCAUCAGCUUACAGCAAUGGUGAAGUGUCCAUUAACUUAGGGCAAGGAGGUGCUUACCAUCAACAGUUACAACUGAUGGAAGAACAAGAUACAUAUUUACAAAACCGGGCUGAUACAAUGCGUACGAUUGAGUCAACUAUUGUAGAACUAGGCCAAAUGUUUACACAGCUGGCGACUAUGGUCAAGGAGCAAGAGGAAUUGGUUCACCGAAUUGAUGCCAAUGUAGAAGAUGCAGAAUUAAAUGUUGAAGCAGCCCAUUCCGAACUUCUUAAGUAUUUUAAGUCAGUUUCAUCUAAUAGAAUGCUGAUGAUUAAAGUGUUUGGUAUAAUGAUUGUUUUCUUUGUUAUUUUUGUUGUUUUUAUGGCAUAGAAUAUAUGUGAUAUUAGUAUUGUUUAUAUUGUGAGAGUAUGGAAUCUUGUUAACACCAUAAUAGAAAGGUAUCCAAUAGCUUUGUAAAAUAUAUAUUAUUAUAAUAAUGAGUAUUGGAAAUUAUUGCCAGGACUUUUAGAUGGUAAAAUUUUCCUCCACUUACAAUUGUAAGUACCAAAAAGUACCGAAGACUACAGCUCAUAAGGGAUCAGCAGUGCCUCAAGUGGUACUUGUCCAAAACAUAGUUCAGAAAGUAAGUAUUGCUAGAUCCUACCACGAGAUUGGUACUUGAGGUUUCAGCAUUAUUACUUGGGAUGAGCGCUGAUCUAAAUUCCAGCCUUAAUUUUGGAGCCAAUUUUCCUAACAGUUGUCUGAUUGGUACUAUAUUGUGAAUUCAUAAGUAGAGGACAGUUCUGCAAUCAAAUAUUACAGGCAGUUGUUUCCAGCUCGGAUAAUGAGUAUAACUGAAGGUGUUUAUGGGACAGACUUUUUAUUUUUAUUUUUUUGGGGAUUAUUAUUAUGGAUAUCAAAUUGUUAUAUAUCAAUUUCAGUUUUUUUUUUUUUUUUUUUUUUUUUUCUCUUUCUCUCUCCUUUAUUCCCUCAUCCUUUUUCUCCUAUUCUCUUUUCCUUUAUUUUCUCUUAAUAUUACUCUUUCACCAUUCUUGUUCUUGCCUUUCUCUCUUAUAUUUAAAAACAUAAACACAUUUUUGGUGUGAAAGAAUUUGUGAGGAAAGAAAUUCUAUCUCGACACUCUAUUGCUUCCGUUGCAUCAUGUACAUAAUAAAGAAUUGCAAUUUUUUUACUCUCUCUUUCUUUCUUUUCUUUCUUUUAACCUUCCUUCCUUCUCCCGGUAAAAAUGCCGGUUAAUCCCACACCCUUCCAUUUGCAUUAAUUUCUCUUUAUUCUUGCAUCCUAUUCCUUCUUUCUUUAACCCUGAUAUAGAUCCCCCUCCUUUACCUUUUUAUCUAAGACUCCAUGGGCAACCUGUAUCUCGUUUUCUUUAUAUUAUUAUUGCUCUUUUCCCUAGCUGUUUUCCAUUUCUUUAUUUCAUUGUUAUUUUUUUCUUAGUUUCAAGACUAGACCUGCCAUUUAAAAACAAUUGAUCAAUGUCUCCAACCUUUUAUCUAUUUAUUUAUUUUUAUUAGUGUUUGUGUUCCUCUCUGGUAACAGCUUCCUUUUGAAAUAUUGGAGCCAAACAAUGAAAAUAAUCAUAAACAUGAUGAUGAUAAUAAAUAUUCAUUCCAGUUUUUGUAUCUUCAAAAGUAAUACCUAAUUCCCAGUAAUCAUGUCUCACAUGUGCAUAAUCCCUUUUGUAUGUGCAAAUGCCAACACAAGCCCUGUAUACCACUCAUAAACACUAAACUUAAACUAGGUAUUUAUUUAGUAAAUGCCUUACCAUGAUUGUGAGACAACAGUAGAAAGAAGAACUCCAAAUUGCAGAAAGGAAUAUCAUAAAAUCUCAACCUUUCAUUAUGUAUACCUGUAUAUUAAAUAGUCUGUAUUAUUUAUCACUUAUAAUGUAUAUUGCAUAGAUUCAUUUUAGUUAAUAUAUCAGCCAUUCCUUGAAAGAAAUUUAUGAAUCACAUUUUGAGGAUAUGGGUUAUAUUUAUGUAUAUUUCUCUUUUAUUAUUUUCCUCUCUCUCUUCUCUCUCUCUCUCUUCUCUUUUAUUUAUUUAUUUUUUUUAUUAUUAUUAUUUUUUUUUUUUUGCUUUACCAGCCACUCUUUAUCAGCUGCCAUGGUUGUACAAGGAUUAUUUAUAUAUGCAUGUGUAAUAGACAUUAUUAUAAAUACUUUGAUUUUAUUAAUAAACCUGCAUAUCUUGA